AUGGAAAAGCAUGCCGGAGAAGUCAACGGAUGCUGCAGAAUGGAGCCGUUCUUCGACGAAGCCAUUGCCGAGAAAUGCUUCCACGAUGUCAGCGCUAAGUUUCCACCGGGUACGACAGAUUUCGUUGUGUGUUAUAUCGAUUGCGAGUACCGUGAGAUGGGCUUGGUGACGGCACACGAGGACGUCGAUGAGGCCAAGUACAACUCGUACCAUGCGUCGUUCGAUCCCGCCUACAGGGAAGCCGUGGCAAGGGCCGUUGCCUCGUGCGCCUCCAUUCAGGACGAUAUCAGACGGGACGUGCAAAGCAUCGGGUCCAGCUGCAGUGCGUUCUCGUUCAUGUACCACAUGUGCGUGACACGCCAGGUGAUGAUCGGGUACUGUCCGGCCGAUCGCUGGAAUCCGAGUGAAAUCUGCCAGAUGUGCCAGCACAACUGCAUGUACGAGACGCUGGGUGGCAUCAAUGGGUUCGAUAUCGAUUUGAGCAAGCUGCACCACCUGACGGAUGCAUUUCCACCCGACUUCCAGGACGUGGCACGUAUGGCCCUCGAGGAUUGCACCAUACGAUUGCGGCGCGUCAUGGAAGAGAUCAAACAGGUCAACAGUCCGUGCAGUCCCCUCGGGCGGAUGGUGCAGAUCUGCCUGGACACGACGAUCUUCGAGAAUUGUCCCGCGUCCCGCUGGACGGCAAGCAUCGCCUGCAACAAGCAUCGCAGCGGCAUUGCGUACUGUUAA